AUGUCCACAAAUAGCCGCGAUCCCUCGCGGCCAAGGGGCCUCGGCCGUGCCUGGGAAGCGACGAGGUUCAACUGGUACCUGGGUUUCUCUGCUUUCGGCGGACCGCCAGUGCAUUUCAAGAUUUUUCACGACAGGUUCGUCUCGAAGCUAGGAUGGAUAGACGAGCAAAUGUAUCAAGAGCUGUUCAGCAUCUCGCAGGCGCUAUGCGGUCCGGCAAGCACCAAGAUGCUCUACUGCAUCAACCUCAUCCACGGGGGUUUGCUUGCCGCCGUCGUCGCAUUUCUCACGUGGAGCCUACCUGGCGCACUAGGAAUGUUCAGUCUGUCCAUUGGCGUGUCAAACAUCCAGGAGACUCUGCCGCGUGCGGCAUACGCGCUCUUGUCCGGCCUCAACGCCGCCACCGUCGGCGUCAUCGCGCUGGCAGCGGUAGAGCUCUCCGGCAAGGCCGUCACCGACCGCCUCACCCGGAUCCUGGUCUUCUCAGCGGCCACGGCCGGAAUGCUGUACAAGGCAUUGUGGUACUUCCCGGCGCUCAUGAUGCUGUGCGGCUGCGCGACCGUCGCCUUCGACCACCGCUGGCUCCACCGCCCAGCUCGCGUCCUGAGCGGCCGGUGGGCGAGAAUGGGAAUAAGAAUGAGAAUGACAAUGCGGCGGGCCGCGCCGGGGGAGGCGGGACGCGUCGCCAGUGAGCGAGGCCAAGGCCGCCUUGCUGCUCCCGAGAACCCCGAGCCUCGUGCCAUCCCGCAGGAAUACCGCCUCGACUUCUCCUGGAAGGCCGGGACGGCAGUCAUCACGGCCUUCUUCCUCACCUUGGUCGUCGUCAUGGUCCUUCGCGGCCUUUUGCGCGAGCCGCCCAUGCUGUUCAAGCUCUUUGCAAACUUGUAUCUCGCGGGCACCAUCAUCUUUGGCGGCGGGCCGGUCGUCAUCCCCCUCCUGAGAGAGUACGUCGUCGCAGAAGGCUGGGUGAGCCCUCGCGACUUUCUCAUCGGCCUCGCCAUCACGCAGGCUUUCCCGGGACCAAACUUCAACUUUGCCGUUUUCCUGGGCAGCCUGGCCGCCAUCAACGGCAAGCAUUCUUCCGUGGGAGGCGCCAUCCUGGCAUUCUUGGGCAUCUUUCUCCCUGGCAUCAUACUUGUCCAUGGGACCAUGGGCCUCUGGAGCGCCGUGCGCAGCAAGCCGUGGGUCAAGUCCGGACUGAGGGGGGUGAAUGCUGGUGCUGUUGGGCUGAUAUACACGGCCGUGUAUCGGAUAUGGCAGGUAGGCUAUAUCGAUCAAGGCUUUCAAUCAGGAAAAGGUCUCGGCGACGAUCCGUGGUGGGUUGUCAUCACGGCCACCGCAUAUGUCGGUGGGAGGCAUUUUGGGGUCCCGGCCGCGCUUGCUAUUGUGCUCGGGGCUGUACUGGGCUUGGUGAGAUAUGCUGUUGUGUCGGCUCAGAAUUAG